AUGUCCCACUUCUCUUUCCCCCCUACGGCGCAGUCUGCCCUCCCCGUUGCCAUUGCCUUAAUCCCGCUUUACAUUGUUGCAAGGAUUGUGUAUAGAUUGACAUGGCAUCCGUUGGCUAUUAUUCCUGGUCCAAAGCUAGCAGCUUCCACUUCGCUCUAUAGAGCGUACUACGAUGUUGUUUGUGAUGGCGAAUGGUCAGAGCACCUCCAUGUUCUACACGAGCGAUACGGGACCGUUGUUCGCGUCGGCCCUAAUGAGUUGCACUUCAGCGACCCGAACGCCUAUGCCGACAUAUACGGUACGGGCUCCACAUUUCCAAAGGACGAGAAGAUGUAUAGGUGUUUCGGUUCCUCCAAAUCCGUCUUUGGUCAGACCGAUUUCCAUCAGGCGCAGAAGCAUCGUGCUGCCCUGGGGCCACUGUUCUCUCGUCGGGCAACGCUAAGACUGGAACAAGAAAUACAGAAACACGUAGACCACCUCAUUUCCCAACUCCUGACAUAUCAAAAGGCAAGCAAAGCAGCCGACCUCCAUCUCGCCCUUCGCUCGGUAACAUUGGAUGUCGUCACAUCGUACUGCUUCGGCUCAUGUUUCAACGCGCUUGAUUACGCUGGUUUUGCCCAUCCUGUCGCCAUCUCUAUGGACGCAACGCUUCACCUUUGCUGGCUGUUCAAGCAUAUCCCCAUUCUGCGCACGCUUACCGACAAUUGUCCCCAAUGGAUUGGCCUGGCACUUAUGCCCGCAACCAAGGGAUAUUAUGAUCAGGCUAAUCAGCUUGGGGCUCAGAUUGAUGAAAUACUCGAAAACCCGCAAACCCUUACCAACUCAGAGCACGAAACCAUGUAUCACUAUUUCAUUGAGCAUCAGGGGCAGAAACAUGGCCUUCCAGGUGUUAAACGGGAAGAAAGCCAGCAAAUGACAACCCAAGAGAAAGCGCAGUUGAGGCUAUGGCUUCUGCAUGAGGGCCUUAAUCUGCGCUUCGCAGGGAGCGAGACGGUCGGCAACGCAUGUACCUUAGCAAGUUUCUACAUUCUUAAAGACCAAUUUGUCAAAAAAAGAUUGGUGGACGAGCUUGUCGGUGCGUGGCCAGACGUCGAUGAACCGAUGGGAUAUGAGGAACUGGAAAAAUUACCUUACCUGACCGCCGUUAUCAAAGAAGCAUUGCGUCUUUCUUGGGGAACUGUGACUCCAAUGCCACGAGUCGUCGGACCCGCAGGUGGUGUUGUCGCAGGUCUUUCCCUUCCGCCAGGGACAACAAUAGCUAUGGGAAAUACCAUCAUGCAUCGCAACCCGGAUAUCUUCCCGGAUCCCUUGCAGUUCAUUCCUGAGCGGUGGCUUCGACCUGAUUCGGCAGCGACGUUGGAUCGGUACCUUGUUGCAUUCUCUAAGGGCCCGAGGGCGUGUAUUGGCAUCAACCUUGCAUGGUGUGAGCUUUACCUUAUACUGGGAAAUAUGUUCCGCAAACUAGAACUCACAGACGACGGUCACUCCUCGUUGAAAGAUCUCGAGUUCAGGGAGUAUUUUAUCCCUCUAUAUCGGGGACAUCAUCUCCACGCCUACGUGGAGAAAAGAGAUCAGUAG